UUUAGUAAGCAGUUGUGUUGAAAUUUUUUUUGUCCAAAUGUGAUUCCGUAUUUCUACAAUCAAAAUCAAGAGAUAACGUAAUUGUUAUAAUUUUAUUUCAAUUCCGUUACCUUAUUCAAAAUUACUUUACGUUAUUUUAUAAUUAAUCUCGAUGAAAUUUAUAGUCCUUCUCAAUGAGUCAGACAAACAAUGAUUGUUUUCUUCCACUUCACUUUCAGUUUCAUAAAAUACUUGUGGGACACCUAUGUGCAUAAUCAAGUUACAAAAGAUUUAAAAAUAUUAUUUGAAACUAACAAUAAAACUGAGGCAUUCGAAAAGUAUGAAAACAGACGUCUAAAUUGUGAAAGCUUGGGAAUUGGUCAUAAUUCGUAUGACCAUAACCUAAAAUGGACCACCGAAGAUGGAGAUCUAUUUCAAUUUUCUGACUUCCAACUCAAUUUUGAUCCUGCCUAUUACUUUGAAAAUAAUAUUCGUUUCUGUCCUCCUGUAUUUCAACAGAGAUAUUUGACCAUUGCACACAUCAUUAACAAUCCUAAAUGGAAAGGAAAAAUAAGGAAGGUGGUAGAGUUUGGGUGUGCCGAGCUGGCGCUACUCAACCACUUGAAACUGAUUCAGGGUAUAAGAGAGAUCAAUUUGGUGGACAUUGACGGUCAGCUGUUGCGUGACAACGUGUACCGUGUGCAGCCCUGGUUCUGCGAGUCUUACAACUUUGAGCGCGCCGUGCCGCUGACGGUGAACGUGUUGCGGGGAAGCGUGUCGCAUCCCGACCGUUACUGCAAGGCAGUCGACGCCGUUAUUGCCAUCGAACUCAUCGAGCAUAUGUACGAGGAUGAACUGUCUCAGCUUCCUCAGAACAUUUUCGGCUACAUAAAACCACGUCUGGCAAUUUUUACAACUCCCAACAGCGAUUUCAACGUCCUGUUUAUAAAUUUCAGCGGUUUUCGACAUGAUGAUCACAAGUUUGAAUGGAGCAGAAAGGAGUUUGAGGCUUGGGCGAACAACAUUUGCGUGCAGUAUCCAGACUACGAGGUCCACUUCAUAGGCAUAGGACCGCCUCCUCCGGGCAAGGAACACCUCGGCUAUUGUUCGCAGGGCGCCGUUUUCAUGCGAGUGCAAUUCGAUGCUGACAAUCAAGAUUGCGAAGAGCUCAACACCGAAUCUUACGAACUGAUCGAAACGACCGAGUUCCCAGUAGUGGAGCAGUUGGAUCCUGACUACAAAACAAUAAUCGACGCCGGUCAUUACAUUCGCAUUUGCGAACGGCACGGCGAAUUUCAGAAAAAUUAUAAAACAGUCAUUCCUCUAUCUUUGAUACUGGUACGGGUCUAUAAAACGUGUAAAAGCACUGAAAAAUUAAGAAAAAUCUUGGAAGAGAAAUACAAAAUUGAGGAGAAUUCAGAUGGCGAGGAGGUGGUGGUGUACUCGGGCGAGGAAGACGAGAGCGACUCCGGAUUGGACGAAAACUGUCCAACCAAUGUCGUGCAAGCGACCGAUGACCAAUGGGAACGCCGCUCUUGUUCGUCGUGGGGAUCAGUGAGGGACAAGGGAGAAUCCGAGGAGAAUGGAUGGGAUUGUGCGGAGAGUGAGGUGAGUGCUGGUGCAUGGCAAGAAAGUGAACAAGUGCCAACUUUGGUGGAGGAUAAUCUCGAGCAAAACUGCGACUGUAAACAAAGUGGAGAAAUUGAAACUUUGGAAACUGGAGACAAUGUUGAUAGCAAUCAAUUUGGGGAAGAAAAUUGGGACUAUGAAGCUAGUGAACAGGAAAAAUCUUCUGAAGCUAGAGGCAAUGUUGAUAGUCAUGAAUAUGGGGAAGAAAAUUGGGAUAGUGGAGAAAUUGAAGUACCGGUACCAGCCAGACCCACAUCUUCAGUUAACAGUGACGCAUCUUGUGGAAACUUGGACGAAUUGAAAGAAAUUCUGUCAAACCUACCUGCACUACAGCCCUACUGUGAACCGGACUUUGUAUUUGACCCCGCUCAAGCGUCGGAUUCGAACUUUAUUCUGGAAGACACUCGCAGUGUCGGCUUGGAAACGAUUGUCAGUGUUUCGGACGAAAACUACGAGUCAAGUCUUGUUAGUUCCGAUAGUCUGAUUCGCAGAACAGAUAGUAGUAGCGUUUUUGUGAUGGAUGGUAGUCAUUACAUGUACAAUGAGCCAGGUGAGGGUAGCCAGUGGGACUUGAGUAAAAGUAAAAGUUUGCAUAGCGUCGGUGGAACUCUAGUUUCGGCGAAAAGUAGCCACGAAGUUAAAGCCACUAAAAGUUUGGAAUCUGUUACGGAAAAACAGGAAAAGGUUUCGGAAAAGAGUGGUGACGAUUUUAAGAGUUGGAAAAGUUUGCACUGUGUCAGUGAAAAACGAAUAUAUUCCCCUGGAAAAUCAUACUCCGAUAGCAAAGCCUUGGAUUGUAUUGAGAGUGGAGUUAAAACUGUGAAAGUUCUUCUGCCAAACACCUUGGAGCAACAAGAAGGUGUAGGUGAGAAAUUAAAAAAAUUAGAUUGUUUUGUAGAUAAAGAUGGACUUGUAAAUUCAGAAAAAUACAGCUCAAAUAUUACUGUUCUUCCUAGUGUAUGUGACAUAAGAGCAGGAUGCAUUACUGAUGAUGUGGUGAAAGGUAUAGAAACCUCAACUCCCAAUGUAUCUAGAUUAAAUGGAAAAGAUGAAAAUGAUCCGAAUAUUAGAGAAAUUCCACCAUCUACCUCAGAAACACGACAUGAUUAUGUCAUGCAAGAUCUUACGAAAUUGUUGUAUCCCUUCCAAGUGAAUUUAGACUCUAAUGAUUCGUGCCAUCGUGAAGAGAAACUCUCAAUUGAUCUCGCCGAGGAACAACUGCUGAGUGAUUUCGAUUCUAGUAGCAGUUUGCAUCUGCAUUGUGAUGAUGUUAGUAAUGUUUGUGGACUGGACAAUAUUUCAGGGAGCACCUCAAAGUUACCGAUAAGUAUUCGAAAUUCCACCUCCAGCUUGUUGGAGGAAUCAAGUGUUGAAGAACAAUUGCUUGCCAAAAUAGGUUCGUGUGAGUCAAGUAAUUUUAAGACUGAUUUGCUGCAACCGUUUGAAACCGAAAUAAGUGAAACAGGGCCAGAGGUUACCCAGAGUUUGGAUAGUGUGGAAAAUAAUACUUGUUUUGAGGAUCAGAAGUUUAAAGAAAUUUGUGUGAAUAGUUUUGAAAAGAAGUUGUUGAAUCCAGAUUGUUCAACCGAAGAAGCGGAGACUUCUCAAUUUGAAAAAUUGGCUCAAAAGAGUGAGAGUACUUUGAAUAAACUUGUAAAUAAUUCUGGAUCAGUUGAGAAAGAUGAGCAACCAUUUGCUGAAGUACAUAAGUGUGAUUCAUCAAGCAGCAACUUAACUUACGAUUGUGAUGUUGAUUCAAGCGAAUCAAAAGAACUGUUAAUGAAUGAUGGGAGUAGUAGUAGAUAUGUUAGUGAUAUUGAAUUUGAUGAUGUAUUAUCAAGACCAUCACUAUCGAAGGAAUCUGAACUGUCUUACAAAAGUUGUGACACGAGUAUCAGAGACAAAGACAGUAGAGGUGACCUAGGAAAUAUGUGUCUACCUGAUUUGAACGGUCUAAACUUGUCAAAAGAUGCGAAAAUAGUGGAUAGUUCCAGUUCGGGAUCGAAAAAUAACUUGGACGAAGCUCGUAGGUUCAGUUCAACGUCGUUCAUCUUCAAAAGCCAAAGCCAGGAGAGAAUCAAAGAGAUCUACAGUUUCAGAUCGAUCGGGUCGGAAAUAAGUGAAAAUUGUAAAAUUAUAAACGAAGGGAAGGACUGUGAUACAAGUAGUCCAUUACACAAAUGUUACUCUACAGGGAAAAUUAGUAGAGGUUUCAGUGCGUACAAUGAAGGUGUGAUUUCUAAUUCGUGUGUGAAUAAAUUAUCGUCGUCUCUAGCUGGCGAACCUGAAUUUUUCGACAAGAAUAACGAUUUGGCUAGGGAGAGACGGUGUAUGUCGGUUAGUUGCAUUGGUAACAUCAAUGUUGAUUACGAUGAGAAUAGUUGUUUGGAGGAGAGAGAACUACAAAACAGCUGCAGUCCCGAUAAGUUUGGACCUGAUAGCGGGUAUCCAAACUCUAGUUCCGGCUUAGAUAUGGAAAUGGAUACUCCCGAACAAGUCAAGCAAAUUAUGACCGAAAGUGAGUCGAGCUUUGACGAAUCGCCGCUAGAGUCGCCAGUCGUCGAGGAGGAAGAUCUCCCUUUUGAUAAUAAUCCGGGACUUCAUCCCCCUGUCAUUCCUGUGGGCGAGAAUGUUGAGAAUGGGGAUGUUGCCAAUAAUAAUCGGGAUGGUGAAGGGAAUAACAUGGUGGGUGACGGGAUUGUAGGAGAUGCUCUCCAGUUCCAUGCGUUGAUUGAGGAGAAUGAAGGGAACCUACAGUUGAUGGGGGCGGCUUGUAAUGGGGGGGAACGUGUUUCAGAAGGUUGUAAGCAUGUUGACCAGUCAAAAACAUCAACAGAAGUUUUAGUAGGCGAGAUUGAAAGUGUUUGUGUUAAAUUUGAAGGCUCUACUGAGACUGGCAGUUCUGGAAAUGAUAUGGGAAAAGAAAAAACCGAAGUUGUAGAGAGUAGAGGAACUAGAAGUUCUGAAAAUUUUGCAGAAGUUGAAGAAACACCAACUACUAGUCAUGAAGAAUGCUUAUCUACUUUAGAUCAGAAUCAAGCGUCAAAUGAUAACGUUGAUCAGACGUCAAGUGAUAAUUGUCAAGAAACUAACAACAACUGUGAACGAAGAUCAUCUAGUUGUAAAGUUGAACAAAAUGCACCGUCGCAGAUCGAUCUACCGUUAAGUGGUCCAAUCUCUGUUAAUAGAGAAACUAAUAACAAUAGUGAUCAAAGGUUAGCUAGUUCUGAUUCAAGUCAAAAUCUACGGUCCAAAAUUGAUCAGCUGUCAAUUCGUUGUUCCUCCUCUGUAAGCAAGAAUAGUGAUCAAGGUACUACUUCUGGUAAUGUAGAUGAAAAUCGACAGUCACUAAUUGAUCUUCCGUUAAGUACUUGUUCGUCAACUACAAACAACAGCACUGAUCAGGGUUACUCGAGUUCACAUUCGGAACACAAUCUGCGGUCGCAAAUUGAUGCACCGUUAACCAGUACUUAUCGUGGAAAAAGAAUUGAUCAACAAUGUAGAAUUCAAGCAGAACGAGAUCUCAGGCUGGAACCUGAUCCAACGUCAAAUAGAUGUCUGUCUACCUACAACAUUGAUGAGAGCAAAACUCAAUUAGGUCAAAAUCGUGGGUUAGAAUCUGAUCUACAGUCAACUAGUUAUUUAUCUACUAACAACUCCACUAAUCCAGGAUCUGCUAGUAAUCUACGGUUACAAUCUGAUCUUCCGUCAAGUAGUUCCUCAUCUACUAACAACUCAACUGAUCUAAGAUCUAAUGUCCGGCCACAAUCUGAUCCACCUUCAUCUACCAACAAUUCAUCUGAUCUACCGUCAACCAGUUCGUUAACUACUCACUUCAACAGCGAUCACAGUUCUUCCAGUUUCCACCCCGACCAAAACCUCUGGUCUCACCUUGAUCUGCCGUCAACCGUUAGUUACAUGGAAAACAACAGUGCAGGAUUAGAUGUAGAAGAAUUGAACAUUGAAAAUGUGGACGAUCUCAACUCUCUAGUGCCUUUAUCGCUUGUCGAAAUAGUUUUGAACCGGUUAAUGCGAGAGAUGGCUGAAGAUGUGCUGUUGCAGAUCGAAAUUGACAACGCUUUGAAUCGGUUCGCAGCUGAGCAAGUCCUGGUUGUAGAGGUCAACGACCAAGAUCCCACCGACACCGACUUUAUGGGAGGAGGAGAUUCGGCUGCUGAGAAUAUGUGAUGGAAUUUUCGGAACGUUUAAAUUUUUUGUUGCAGUGAUGGUGAUUCACACUCUGUAAUGUAAAGAUGAAACAAAUGAAACAAAAACGUUGAGAUCAACAAAAUAUUUAAAAGUGUAGAAGUGUGUUAAAAGUGUAUUAAAUUUUUGUUCCUAUUUGCAAGUUAU